CAAGAAAAAUCAGAUAGGCUGGAGUGAAGCCAUCUUGGAUCAGCUGGAUCCGGCUACCAGGUCCACGUUUCCGGUACAGAUGAUGUACCAUAGCGCAUGUGACACUCGUGUCAUAUACUUGUUGCGUCAGCGAGGCUUAGCCCUACUCAGCUACAGAAGCAGAUCACUGAGCUUCACAAUUUGAGGUGGACGAAGCAACAACUACAGUACAUGAACGACUGUUCUUUGUACCUCAAGUCUGUGACAGCAAAGUUGAUUUCCAAAACUGUCUUCGAGGAGCUGCCCAAACAAUCUCAGUUGCCAACAUACCAAUGGUUCCUGCGUGUUUACCAUCAGGAGGUUUUGUCUCGAGCAGAAGAGGUCAAGGCUGCUUUGACAUCCAUCUUUGGUCGAAUUUUAAAGAUGGACUCUACUAAGAAGGUGACCAAGAAGCUGGCAGGUGAAGCUGCUCGGACGGCAGCAUGGUCGACUAACGUUGGCAAUGAACAUGGCCAGGUGCUAAUGAGCGUUAUGACAUCAAUUGAAGGGUGUGGGUUAGACGACAUGGUGAAAGAACGCUAUUCCGAGGCUGAUGUCCUACCACCAAUCCUGCUGUACACAGACUGCGACUGUUGCGGGAAGUCAGCACUGAUCGACAUUUUCAGGACAGCUUGGCCUGACCUUGUGGUGCGAUUAGACGUGUGGCACUUCAUGCGGCGUCUUGCUGUUGGGGUCACAACGGACACCCACAGACUGUACGCGACAUUUAUGGGUCAGCUUUCAGCAGCCAUCUUUUGUUGGGACAAGUCUGACCUGAAUCUUCUCAAAGAAGCUAAAAGGCAGCAGCUUAUACAAGCAAACAUCACGGACCCGUCUGACUCAGAUGUCUCUGUCCGUUUAGACCGUAAGGAGUUGUCCCUGCACUGUCGUCGGAUGACUCGAAGCACAGAGGUCAUCAGGGAGCGUAUCCAGGCUGUCUUGGAGUUGUUCGGUGGUGACUCAGGAAGGGAUACCAUGGGUGUACCACUGUUUCAUGAGCGUAUCUGGGAGCUCUGGAAACAGCAGCAGAAGCAUGUAGAGUGCAUCCAGGACCCUAAAGGUGUACAGCUCUACACUCAGACGGGCACGCUGAAGAAGGGUGGCGUGGUGUUGCCUGUGUAUCGCUGUGCACGAGGAUCUACCUCCUUGGAGUCCUUCCAUCUCCACCUACAGCGAUUCAUUCCUGGAACCAGUGCAAGCGCCAGCAACUUCCAGACUUACCUGCUGGAGGGCCUGAUGCGCUGGAACGCAGACCGGCAGAUUGCUGCGACCAGCACUAAGAAGGAGACUGUAUUGUAUGACUCCAGAUUGAAGACAGCAGCCAACAGACUGAGUCAGGAGCUUUUCAACAAGGAUAUCUUCCCGACAUUCCAGCCACCAAACAAAUACACUGGAGAGCUGAUAGGUAUCGAAUACCUAUACAACCAAACGGGUAAGCCUCUAGGUGCUAAAAACCCUGUAAAUGAGGUGGAGCCUGAUGACAGCCUUCUGGAUGAGGGCUUUGAGGACUCCGCGGCCAUGGAUGAUAAUGAUCCAACCAUCCACAUAGUGGAUUCCUUUCUGCCUGCUUUGAGUCGUGAGAGGGCUCAGCAGAUCAUGCAGCAGAACAGGCCGUCUCAAUCAGAGAUGUCAGCGAAGGAUGUGUAUGGCCAGCAGAUGUACAACGUUCUCGCUAAGCUCAAAGCCAAACCUACCACCAUGAGUGCCUCUUUAGAAACAACAACAGCAGCUUCUAUGACAAGAGCAACAGCAGCUUCUGUUACAACAGCUGCAGCAAGUACUUCAUCAUUAUCUGCCGUAACUACCGCUACAUCAGCGUCGGCUAUCGCUGGCAGUUCCCAACGUGUUGAGGAUAAAGCUGAGGACUCUAUUGGACCAGACAGAGUUGCAGGUUAUGGUCAUGUGAUGGACCUGGCUGAGUAUUUGUUUCAUUUAAAAGACAAGGAAAGUAAGGCCAUCACCAACGCAGAAGCUGACCACAUCGUGAAACUGUGGUGUAAAAUGUCCCCUUACGACCAGUCGCCGUCAAAAUAUAAGGACCGACAUCAGACCCAGCUGAUCAAGGGACGCUUCAAGGCAACAAAGACAACCCGGAUACAGCUGGUUCCUGGAGUCCAGAGUGUCAGAAGAUGUGCUUUAGCCCCACACCUUGGCCCAGCCACCUGGCCUGACUGUAACAGGUAUCAGGAAGCCUUGCUGGUCAAGUUGUGCGCAGCCUUUCCGGGUUCAACCACCAAAGAUGGCGUUCAACAGGCGCGGUGGCGGACAGUACUGGAGAAGUACAACCUAAUAAGAGAGAUGGUCUUCAACAGUCAGCGCGUGAUACAGAAUACACGCAUUCAGCUGUCUGAUAUAAACCAGCGCACCUUGACUGCUUGGUUCAGUGCUCGUGGAAAGCGCAGAGAAAGAACCUUGCUGGAACAGGGACUUGCCCUUCAGUCAGUUCCACUGGUAGCGCCUGAAUCACUGCCAGCGCCCCUUAAAAGGCCAGUUUCCUUGGAAAUGGGAACCACUGAACCACACAAGUUCCCCAUCCAGAUCACCACGAAAGGCUCCCUCAUUCAUCAAGUGCGCAGAAGAAUUCUGCCACUAGAUGAGGUAAACCAUGAAGUGCCGGUGCCCAUAGCACCAGCCCCAUUUGUGCGUUUUGUGACUGCUCCCGCCCCUGACCUGGCACUGACUUCGUCGAUUUCAGCCCCAGCCGAAUCUUACCUGCCAUACUCUACAAAGCAUUACAGGAAGAGGAAGCUGGAGGCUGAGCAGGCAGGGGAGUUCCGGAGACAGUACCACAAGAAACUGCCCUACCACAGCUGCAACAAAUGUUUUGAGGACAGGAUUACGGGUGGGCACAAACAGUACUAUGGAAAUUGGUGGUGCCCCUUCAAGUCAUCAGAGUCUUAUGAAGAGUGGAUAGAUGCUCUUAAGCUGAAGGGCUAUGGAAAGAAGAAACCAAAUGAAAAAAGUUAAACAUUAAUAGCUGGACAUUCAUCAUUCACACUUAAACAAUAUCUGGAUAUAAUAGCAUUUUCUGACACUGUGCUUUUGGGCUUAUACAACAACAGUAUUAACAUUUACUUUAACGACAACAGAAUUAAUAUCAACUUUAGUAACAAUUAAACAAAUCUUAAUGCUGCCUAGCUUUUAUUGAGAAUUACACAGUGGUUUAUUCAUUUGUGUUUUGCAUAUAUAAAAGCUAGAAGGUCCCAAGCCAUUAUGGUACAUGUCACAAGUAAAGUGACAUCUGCCUUGAAAAGCAGAGGGAGAACGAAUUGUGUUUUUUAAAGCUUCGAAUAAUGUAUUUACACAUUUGAUGUUUCUUUACUUUUGGAAAUAGUUAAUUUAUAUGACAUUUAUAAUUGCAACCAAUAUUGCUGUUAACGGGAACUUCCUUAUAGUGUAAGCAAACACACCUUUUCGCGUGAAGAGGAAAUCCAGGUUCAAAUCCUGGUGGGGAUCCCAAAUAAGCAGCAACUCUUUUAAUGUAAAUAAUGCACAGAAUAUUAUUUGUUUUCAUAGUGAAUGGAUUUUAAUAUUUAUAUUAAAAUUGAUACCAA